AUGGCAUACCCAUUCCAACUAGGACUUCAAGAUGCAACCUCACCAAUCAUAGAAGAGCUAUUACACUUUCAUGACCACACUCUAAUAAUUGUAUUUAUAAUUAGCUCUCUAGUAUUAUAUAUUAUUUCUUCUAUAUUAACAACUCACCUAACCCACACAAGCACAAUAGACGCCCAAGAAGUAGAGACUAUCUGAACUAUCCUUCCAGCUAUUAUUCUAAUUACAAUUGCCCUUCCAUCCCUUCGCAUCUUAUAUAUAAUAGAUGAAAUUAACAACCCUUUAAUAACAGUAAAGACAAUAGGCCACCAAUGAUACUGAAGCUAUGAGUAUACUGAUUAUGCAGACUUAUGCUUUGAUUCCUACAUAAUUCCCACAUCGGAUCUAAAAGCAGGGGAUCUUCGCCUACUAGAAGUAGAUAAUCGAGUAGUACUUCCUAUAGAGACGACUAUUCGCAUACUUAUUUCCUCUGAAGAUGUACUCCACUCAUGAGCUGUUCCAUCACUAGGCCUAAAAACAGAUGCUAUCCCCGGCCGACUUAACCAGACAACUCUCCUAUCAACCCGUCCCGGCCUCUACUAUGGUCAAUGCUCUGAAAUUUGUGGCUCAAAUCAUAGUUUCAUGCCUAUUGUUCUAGAGAUAGUUUCUCUAAAAUACUUUGAAAAAUGAUCAACAUCUAUAUUAUAA